GGUGCGCGCAGACAGCGUCAGGUGUUUUACUCUGAACAUCCAACACACGGGGCGGCACAAUGAUUACUUUAAUAUUAGCUUAAAGUUAGAAAAUAGUACUUUUAUUUCAGUUGGUUUCCUCACACUCUUUUUGUUGUUAAUUUACCGGUUUAUUUGAGCUCAGUCUCAGCGUUCUGACGCCAUCAUGACGAGAACACCUGCUGCCAUUCUUUUAUUCUUAUCGCUGCUAAAAGUGCUUGUGUGCAUUCAAGUGAUCGUUCCACAGCAGGAGCGCAGCACAACCCUGUUUGCUUCUGUGAUCCUCCGUUGUGACUACACUACCUCUGCAAACCUCCAAGAUGUCCUGCUCACCUGGAGAUACAAGUCGUUCUGCAAGGACCCGGUUCUGGAGUACUACUCCACAUCGUACCAGUCAGCACUACAGUUGGGACAGGACCCAUCGAAUGACUGCCCGGAUAGUCGGCGAACCGUGCGUAUAGUGAUCCAAAGGAAAGGAAACAGUGAGCCUAUACUUGGUGUAGACUACAGAGAGCGCAAGAUAUCCAUCCAAAACAAGGCAGACUUGGUGAUCAGUGAGGUGAUGUGGUGGGACAACGGGGUGUACUUCUGCUCUGUCGACGCUCCUGGAGAUACCGCUGGAGACUCGGACAAAGAAAUCAAACUCAUUGUGUACAACUGGUUAACGGUGUUGGCUAUCAUCCUUGGUGGGGUCCUUCUCAUCAUUCUCCUCGGCAUCUGCUGCUGCCAGUGCUGCCCACAGAAGUGCUGCUGCUAUGUGCGCUGCCCCUGCUGCCCUCAACAAUGCUGCUGUCCUGAAAAAGCAAUGAUACAGCAUCGUUUGAUGAAGCAAGCUCAGAGAGCCAUGACUCCGUGGCUGGGAGGCCAGCCCAUAUACGGGCCCAUGGGCCACGCCUCCUCCCAGAUGAACCCACUGUUAUACGCAGGAUCUGUUUCAGGGAAAAGCUUCCCCUUGAAGCCGAUGCCUCUACCCCCUCCUCAGUCUUCAGCGUACAGCAUGCCUCCCCCUAGUGUCCAUAGUAACCAUGCCAACAAUAAUCAGAUGCUUGAUUACCUGGAGAGCCAGGUGAGGGGGAUGGACAUGACCAGUCCUCUCCUACAGCCACAAUUGGCUCCGCCCCCACACCUGCAGCAGGUGCCACCUCCUUCCCAGCACAUCCCUAUCUCUGUUCCAUUUUCACCUGGUCCUCCCAGCAUGAUCUCCGCCCUUGAUGAUGGCCCUAUGGAGCGCCGCGUCAUCACACUUCCACCAAUACGAGAGCAGCAGCCGAGCAGAUUUCCCCCUCCCGCACCAAAGACUCGGCCCCCAAGCUCCAGCGAGAGCAACCGCAGUAGCUUUGGGCGUCGUGAUGGUCAAGGAGCAGCGGCCAGACGCUACCCCUCAGUGACUCAAUCAAGAGGUGUUCGUCAUAGCUACAGCCAGGAUUCGCUGGAUGGACGGAGUCACAGUGGGGCGCGGGGGGGCAUGGACCGUCCCCGCUCCCGUUCCCGGGAUGACCUGUUUGACACAAGGUCCAGAGGACACUACUCUCCUCCGGCAUCACGACGAUCAAGAGGCGGAUCCUGGUGCUCAGAUGAUGACAUCAGUCAGAGAGGAGGAAAAGGGAGGGGAGGUGGCGGCGGCGGAAGCAGCGGUGGCUGGGUGGACAAACCUCAGUUCUACACGGAGUAUGAGCCCGGACAAAAACCAGUAGCCCGGAAGAAUGAGCGCUUCUCUGACAAGAGUGCACGCAGUGGCACCAGUGUCAUCAUCUGAAGCUCCGCACCUGUGAAUCACACCGUGACCUCUGUGUCAAACCUCACGACACCUGAGAGCUGGUCGUGUCGUGUGGAAGGAGUGUGUGCCGCCAGUUUUAAUUGUAAUGGUUUAAUUAAUCGCUGACAUUUGCUUUGUGAGGAGCGAGCAGGUCAGUGCAGCACAGACGGAUUCACACUGUUUUAAAAAAAAAUUAAACAUGAUGUUUAUGAAGAAAUUACUUGGAUUAAAUAACUUCUUACAGACUAUUUUUAAGCCUGUGUAAUGUCUCCUACAGAUGUAUUAUUAUGAGUGGAAAUACAGUGAUAUUUUGAGGAAAUGUACACAAGAAGCAUAAUUUUCAAAUUGGACUUUUACAAUUGGUUUAGUUUGGUUGUAACAUGGUUUUGUUUCCUAUAUUUAUUUAAACCCAGACAACUGACACCAGAAGGAAUGACUUUCUCAGGGCCAGUAAAUAAAAAAUACAAAAAAAAAAUAGUUUUGUUUUAGCAUUAGUAACAGGAAAUUUGGUUAUGUCUUACAUUUGUAAAACGUUUUUGUUUUUAAUGCUUUUUCAGUUUGGAUGUGUUGAAGUGACUGGCUUCACUCUAUUUCUUUUUUCUUUGAAUAUUUUUGACUGCCGUUUCUAACUGGUGUUGAAAUGUUUUUUUUUUCUUUUUUUAUAUCAAAUGUACAUAAGACUAAUACAGUACUUAUCCAAGUGUAAGUAAUGUAGUUUGUGUGAUUUUAAUGUAGGAAUUAAAUGAUGCAAAUAAAGAUUGAGGCAGGCUCACAA